GUGGCGAAGUUACUUUUGAGGGGACUCAAGUAGCGGCGGCGUGUCAGGGGCUACAGAGGAGGAGGAAGAGAAACGGAGUGAGGGAACGGAGACAGCUCGCGACUCCCCCGGCUGUUUCCAGGGCAACGGGAGUAGGAGACCCCGCGAGAGGCUGCCCACGAGACCCCCGCGCGCAGCCAUGAGCCCCGCCCCCCACUGGUGCUCAGAGAGGGGCGGGACCUGGAGCGAGGUUGCUCUGUGACCCUACCAUGUCCUCCCCCACCAUGAGUUCCCUGGACACCCCUCUGCCUGAGAAUGGCCCCCCUCAGCCUGGCGCCCCCUCUUCUUCACCCACUGUUAAGGAGGAGGGUCCUGAACUGUGGCCUGGAGGUUCAGACCCUGAUGUCCGAGGCACUGAUGAGUCUGGCUCAGCCUACAUCGUGGUCAUCCUAGACCCAGAUGAGGAGCCAGAGCGCAAGCGAAAGAGGGGCCCAGCCCCGAAGAUGCUGGGUGACGAGCUUUGCCGUGUGUGCGGGGACAAGGCCUCUGGCUUCCACUACAACGUGCUCAGCUGUGAAGGUUGCAAGGGCUUCUUCCGGCGCAGCGUGGUCCGCGGCGGGGCUGGGCGUUAUGCCUGCCGGGGCGGUGGAACCUGCCAGAUGGACGCUUUCAUGCGGCGCAAGUGCCAGCAGUGCCGGCUGCGCAAGUGCAAGGAGGCAGGGAUGAGGGAGCAGUGCGUCUUGUCUGAAGAACAGAUCCGGAAGAAGAAGAUUCUGAAGCAGCAGCAGCAGCAACAGCAACAGUCCUCGCAGUCACCUGUGGGGCCGGGGGGCAGCAGCAGCUCAGCCUCUGGGCCUGGCGCAUGCCCUGGAGGAUCUGAGGCAGGUGGCCAGGGCUCUGGGGAAGGCGAGAGUGUCCAGUUAACGGCGGCUCAGGAACUAAUGAUCCAGCAGUUGGUGGCAGCCCAGCUGCAGUGCAACAAACGCUCCUUCUCUGACCAGCCCAAAGUCACGCCUUGGCCCCUAGGCGGUGACCCCCAGUCCCGAGACGCCCGCCAGCAGCGCUUCGCCCACUUCACGGAGCUGGCCAUCAUCUCAGUCCAGGAGAUCGUGGACUUUGCCAAGCAGGUGCCUGGCUUCCUGCAGCUGGGCCGCGAGGACCAGAUCGCCCUCCUGAAGGCGUCUACCAUUGAGAUCAUGCUGCUGGAGACGGCCAGGCGCUACAACCAUGAGACAGAGUGCAUCACCUUCCUGAAGGACUUCACCUACAGCAAGGACGACUUCCACCGUGCAGGCCUGCAGGUGGAGUUCAUCAACCCCAUCUUCGAGUUCUCCAGAGCCAUGCGGCGGCUGGGCCUGGACGAUGCCGAGUACGCCCUCCUCAUCGCCAUCAACAUCUUCUCAGCAGACCGACCCAACGUGCAGGAGCCAAGCAGAGUGGAGGCACUGCAGCAGCCCUACGUGGAGGCGCUGCUCUCCUACACGCGCAUCAAAAGGCCACAGGACCAGCUGCGCUUCCCACGCAUGCUGAUGAAGCUUGUGAGCCUGCGCACAUUGAGUUCUGUCCACUCGGAGCAGGUCUUUGCCCUGCGGCUCCAGGACAAGAAGCUGCCACCGUUGCUGUCUGAGAUCUGGGACGUCCACGAGUGAGGGGCUGGCCACCCAGCCCCACAGCCUUGCCUGAACUCCCUCUAACAAAUGACGCUGUCACCCCUUCCUCCUCCUGGGGUGGCAAAGGGCCCCAGGCCGGGCCUAUAGUCCCACCUUGCUCCUGGCCUCACCAGCCCUCAGCCCUGGGAUGAGCCCCAGUCAGGGCCCAUGAGGCUUCCUCCCUACCCACGGAGUCUUCCAGAAGGUGUGGAAUGGGUCACAGGUCCCGACCUCUGGCCCUUCCCAGCAGCUCUCCUCACCCAGCUUACACCUCAAGCCCACCACGCAAUGCACCUUGAACAGAGGCAGGGGAGGGCCUGUGGCUCUGCCCCACAGCCUGAGAGACCGUAGGUCCUCCUCUUCCUCUGCUCCUUUUAUUUAAUAAAAACUAAAAACAGAACAAAAACAGGAAAA